AUGCGGAGUCCGUGUAGAGAUCCCAGUAAAGACCCGAGUGGAGAUCCCAGUAAAGAUCCCAGUCGAGUCCCAGUAGAGUCCCCAGUAGAGAUCAUAGUACAGAUCCUACUAGAAACCCCAGUACAGUUCCUGGUAGAGAUCCCAGUAGAGAUCCCAGUUGAUAUCCUAGUAGAUAUCCUAGUAGAGGCCCUAGUGGAGAUCAUAGUAGAGAUCAUAGUAGAGACCCCUGUGAAGAUCCCAGUAGAAAUCCCAGUAGAGGCCCUAGUGGAGAUCAUAGUAGAGAUCAUAGUAGAGACCCCAGUGAAGAUCCCAGUAGAGAUUCCGGGAAAGAUCCCAGUAGAGAUCAUAGUAGAGACACCAGUAGAGAUCCUAGUGGAGACACUAGUAGAGAUCCCAGUAGAGAUCCUAGAAGAUACCCCCGUAGAGAACCCAGUAGAGAUCCUAGUAGAUAUCCUAGUAGAGACCCUAGUGGAGAUCAUAGUAGAGACCCCAGUGAAGAUCCCAGUAGAGAUUCCAGUAAAGAUCCCAGUAGAGAUCAUAGUAGAGACACCAGUAGAGAUCGUAGUAGAAACCCUAGUAGAAAUCCUAGUAGAGACCCCAGUAGAUACCCCAGUAGAGAUCCCAGUAAAGAUCCCAGUAAAGAUCCCAGUAGAGGCAGAUGAAGUAAACACGACUCUCAGUGCCCCCCCCCCCCCCACAGGGAACACGACUCCCAGAGGCAACUUGUCCAAACAACACAGCCACUCCAGAUUCUCCUCCAAAUUCGGCUAA